AUGGCACUUACAGCUCAACUGUGCCAAGCCAGGACUUGGUUCUUCAUCUCCUUUUUCACUAGGGGUGUAUUGGAAGUAAUUGGAUAUAUCACACGCUCAAUUUCAGCUAAUCAAGCACCGAACUACGCCAUGACGCCUGGGAUCGUGCAAACUCUCUUUAUCCUGGUGGCGCCUUCUCUUUUCGCAGCAAGUGUAUACAUGGAAUGUGGUCGGAGCAUAGUGUGGACCGAAGGCGAAAAAUACGCUAUCGUCCGGCCCAACUGGAUUACCAAGGUCUUCCUAAUUGGUGACAUCGCAGCGUUUGUGGCUCAGGGCGCUGCAUCUCUCUCAAGCAGUUUCGAGAGCGGCGAAAGACUCAUCAAGACCGGCAUAAUUGUCCAGGUAGUCUUCUUUGGGCUGUUCGUCAUCAAUGCCGGUGUGUCCCAUGUCCGAAUUCGAAGGGAUAUCGCCAGCUGUGUGGCCCCAUGCGCAACCCCGUGGGAGUUGCAUCUUCGGGUGUUGUACGUGGGGAGCUCUCUGAUAUUGCCGCGGUCUGUCUUUCGUCUGGUGGAAUACGUAGGUGGCGAAGGAAACGUUCUGUCGCAACAUGAGUACUACGCAUUGAUCUUUGAUGCCAUGCUGAUGCUCCUAGCGAUGCUCCUAUUGAAUGUGUGCUAUCCGUCGGCUGUCCAGAAUAAGGAUCUAUCCCCCAGGGGUAUAUUGCUGAGGGACCUGGCUCGCGGGUGCCCGGGAUUAAGUUGA